CAGCGCAAACAGAGAGAGAGAAUAUGUUAGAAACUGGCGACUACGGAGAUAGCCGGAGACGAAACGGCACAGGAAUGAAGCGGCCCUUGAGCCCCGUGCCACUGGGGGAGAAUAGCCUGUCGGGGGCCUCCUCAGACCUGAUGAACGUCUCAGAGCCACACCCAGCCUCUUCGGAGCAGCGAGCUAAGAGGGAAAAGAAGCAUCAGACCUACACCCUCUGUGAGGUGUGUAACAUCCAGCUGAACUCCCCGGCCCAGGCCCAGAUCCACUACAACGGCAAGUCUCACCAGAAACGACUCAAGCAGAUCAACAAGGGCAAACCAGCCAGCAGCCAAGGUUCCCCAGUUCAGAGCAGCCCCCUGCUGGCCACUCUUCCUGUCCCGGGUCGGUCUCUGCAGCCCCAGUUGGACCUGAAACACUUCCUUCCCUUCCGGCUCAAUGGCUCGUCUCCUCUCAGCCUCUUCCCCAAUUUCAGCACCAUGGAUCCUGUGCAGAAGGCAGUUAUCAAUCACACCUUCGGCGUCCCGCAGCCUCUCAAGAAGAAACAGAUCAUCUCCUGCAACAUCUGCCAUCUGAGAUUCAACUCCACGAACCAAGCGGAGGCGCACUACAAAGGCCACAAGCACAUGCGGAAACUCAAAGCCAUUGAAGCGCAGAAGCACAAGCAGAUGACCCACGGGGCCGUGGUGUCGGCAGCAAGGAAGAGAGGGAGGGAGAGGGUGAGCAAGCCCCUCCCCACCCUCCUGGAGCCCACGCCAGCGCUCCUGGAUACCACCCUACACGAGGAGAGCGAGGGUCUACAAGACUGUGUGGAGGAGGAGAAGGUAGAGGAGGAGAAGGGCAGCUUGCGGAUGCUGACACCCGUCUCUGAGGUCUCCUCCCUGGAGCUGCCUCAUACCGCGUCCUCGCUCGUGUCCCCGGCCUCUGAACUGUCAGAGAGCAUUUCCGAGGGCAGCGUCACGUCCCCCAUCGACCCAUUCGAGGAGGGGGGCACAGAGACCAAAUCCAGUGAGGCAGAGGAUAAAGACCCCAAGAAGAGCAAGCAGCACCUCCACUGCCCCGUCUGCAAAGUGACUGUCAACUCAACAUUGCAGCUUGAGGCACACAACAGUGGGGCCAAACAUAAAUCGAUGCUGGAAGGACAGGGCAGUCAACCACGGAGGAAGAGUAGAGUGCUUCUGCCUCGGUCAGCCUGCAAAACCAAACGCAUCGGCAACAAGGGCAGCGUGGGGAUCCAGAACAAAGCCUUCCACUGCGAGGUGUGCGAGAUCUACCUCAACUCAGACACUCAGCUCAAGCAGCACAUGAACAGCAGGAGGCACAAGGACAGGCUGGCUGGCAAACCCCCCAAGCCCAAGUACAGCCCUCACAGCAAGAGCCAGCAGAACUCAGUCUUAGCGAAUGUGAGGUGGGGCAGUUACGCCGGCAGGGGGGCGGUGUCUGCGAUGAAGAAAGUCUUUGGCCGUUGCAAUCUCACCUCACUGUCUUCUCAGGGAAAGUCAACCCCGAAUUUUCUAGACAUCUCUACUGCUGACCCACUUGCAGCUGUGGAUCGGGUCUGGUACCAGCUGCUCAAGCAGUCCAGCCUAGGACGCGCCAGAGGUCCACUGGACCCCCUCCACACCAAACUGGCCCUGCAGAAGCAUCUCUCCAAGACGCUGGCAACCAGCUUCUUGCCAAGCCCACUGAGCCCUGCAACCCUGUGCACCAUGGCAGCCAACCCCCUAGCAUUGCGACACCCAGCCGGCACUGGCACCCUCAUCCAGGCCCCCCUCCUCGGACCAGCCUUAUUCCGACCCGCUCCCGGGCCCCUGCGAGCCGCCCACGCGCCCUUCAUGUUCGCUCCCUAUUAGACCCCACCCUUCCUGGGGCAGGGGCACUGUGAUCACGGACAUACCUGACUGUAUUAGGGAGGCAACAGGAACUAUGCAGUGGUAGCUAAGAACAAAAAAUGUAUAUGGUUUGUGAUUAAUACACAGCGUGUGGCUCUAAGGCUGCCAUUGCACAGGGAUAUUUUGGGUUGAAUUUUAACUCUUUCAUGCAUGAAAGAGUUGCCGUUGAUACAAGCUAAUUGGAAAAUGGCACACUUUCAACAUCACAGUUGUAUCAAAAUAAUGCUGCCCUUAUUUUUUUGAAUACUUUUAGAAAUUACUGCAUUUUCCCUAUUCAUCAAUCUGCAAUUCAGUGACGGUUAAUAGCAGGAAAAUAACUGAUAAUUAUUUAUUUUUUAUUAUCUGUAUUUAAAAAGUAUUACCAAAUAGCUGUUCCAAUUUCAUAACCUAUGCAGCAGGAAAUUUCACUUGCUAUGCUGUAUGUCUGAUAUAUAUAUAUAUAUAUAUAUACACACACACACACACACAUGAUGUGAAAGCCCUUUUUUAUUGAUGCUAGUGUAAAUUAAAACAAUUAUUCCAAUGCUGUCAGAGCCUAAGAAUUUCAGCUGCAGUUUUCCUGUUGAGUACAAUCAUUUACAUUAUACCUCUUCUUUUUUGACAACAGCCCCCCCUACAGUCAUAACUAAAAUUGCUAAUAGAAGUGGAUAUACAUUUUUUUUGUUUGUUUGGGUAAACACAGGGGUUUCAGCACUUUGAAGACAAAGUCGUGAGUCUGUGUCUUUUUACUGAAACUCCUGUAAACAGAAGCUUUGUAUCGGGGGGGAUAAAUGCGUGGGUGAUUUUAUUAUCCGAAAUUGUAAAAUAAAUAUAAUAUAGUAAAUAAAGUAGAUUAUUAUUAGAACUGUUAUUAUUACAGUUGAAAAUAAAAAAAAAAGAAAAUCCAUCUAUUCAUUACCUGCAUUGAUGUGUAUGUACAGUACAGCUCAGUAGUUCUGGGAUAAACAAAACCUUACAAGGAGCCUUGGAAGAGCUUGUAAGUUUGUCCUUUUUUUUUUUUUUUGCACAAAUGUAUUUUUUCUUUUAAAAGAAAAACAAACAACCAAAAUGUGUGGAUUUGUUAAAAUGUUGUUCUGUGCUAGGGUGGUUUAUUUUUCAGCUCCUAAACUGGAAAACAAACUGUCAAAACAAAAGAAGCAGGCCUUCAUGAAUUUUGGGGCCUGCAGUGGUUGUGAGGGCUGUGGAUGGGCGGAGGCAAUGUUUGUCAGUGCGGCUUGUGGUGCAUUUAAUACCUUAUAGUCAUCUGUUUAAAAGCCAAUGUUCCUUUUUGAUGUGUCUUUCAAAAUGUCUUAAAACCAGGGGUGUGUUCAAUAAGCAGAGUGCCCUCUCGUGGCGCCCUGUAACGUACGUUAGCAGAACGGUCUGCUAUUUUUGUAAUGUAAUGUUACUGACACUUUUCGUUUAGCACAUAAGGCGCUUGUCAGAUUUGUCACAUUAUAAAUAGUCCAUGCUUCCUUUUCUAAUACAAUCGGCACUUUAAAAAAAAAAAAAAACAUUAGUUUUUAAAAGCCAAAAUGACAACUAAAAUAUUACUUAUCACACAUGUGUUGGUCAUACAAAUCCAUAUUUGAAAAAAUCAAUUUGCAGCCACUGCACUGGCCAUUUUGAACCUCCAGAGAGACAGUUCUGAGCUGGACUCGCUACUGUUAGGACGCACGCACGGCGUGCGCAUCGAUCAGUCGAAAAAGACACGUACCGCUCGUGGGGCAUUCUGCUUGCUGAACGCACUCGAGCGCCAGCAUUUCAUGCUGUCAAUACUGGAAAGUAUUUUUGCUUUUUGUUUUAAUACAAAAGGCUUCCAAAAGUCUCCCCAUUACAACAACAAAAAUCACUGGUCAUUAUUUCUAAUAUGACAUGCAUUAUUUUACCAGUGAUUAGAUGGCUAUCAGGUAUUGCUCUACCUGGGUGGUUUGUGUAGCCCUGAAAUAAGCCUCAACAAUUAUGAUCAUUGAUUUAAUAUUAAUAUAAGGAUACUGCUUUAGAAAAGGUGAGGUUUUGCUGUGCUUCUGAAGUGUACUACAAAAAACAGGUCUGCUAUAUACACUAGGAUAUUCUGCAGUGUCAGGUGGCUGAAGGACCUAUUCUAGCACCAUAAGGACUGGUCGAUAGUACAUAGAUGAAGGACUAUACAUCUGUGUAGAGAGUCUGAUGGAAAAUUUGAAAAAAUAAACCUUAUAGCAAUGUUGUCACUUGAAAUUGGUGACAGAAACCAUAUCUUUAACCUUAUCAGGAAAUCUUAAAGGAGUUUAAUUCUGAGCAAUAAAAAGGGAUAGCAGUUUGCAGAGUACCUGCGUCCUAGCUUGGGGAAGGAGGGUAUUAACAGAUGUAUUAAAUGCCAAAGCCAUCUUUUUUGAAGGAAGGGUAGACGUUUACUUUAGGAGGCAAGUUUAGAUGCAAAGCUUUAAAGAAAUGUCGCUUUUAAAAAAAAAUAGGUGCCAGUUACAAGAAAUGUAAAAGAUUAUUAUGGGUGAGUUUAGGGUUGUCUACCCAAUUUAACUGCUAUUUCACUGUGCCACUAUCCCAUAUAGCCUGGUUUAGCUAAGCCAUAUAGACUUAGCUAUAGUCUGCACUAGGACCCUUUCUUGUUGGGACGGGGCGUAGUGCCUGGUGGCUGUUUUUUUUUUAACCCCAGGUAGAUGAAAAGCCAACAAGGGUACACAGGCUAAAUGUCAAUGCUAAAAUCAGCCCACUAUUUUAAGUAAAGGGACUUUAUGAACUAAGUGGUAGAUAAUGCUUUCCUAGCUAUAUUUAAAUGCUGCCUGGCAUUAAAUAAACUAAUCCAGUGCUUGGAUCAGCAAAGAAGAAAAAAGCUGCAGUGUUUGUUUGGUACAAUACUGAGGCGUUUCAAUUUCUCGGCGGACUCUUGAGCAUCAGAGUCAAUAAGCUCACAGGCAUUCUCAUUCAGAGAGAUCAU